AUGGCCCUAAUACCCAAAAAGCCCGUAUAUUUCGGACCUUUCUUAGUGACAUCACAGGUCUUCUUUAUGACAUCAUUGAGCUUUGCGCUUGUGAAUCUCAAACCUCUACUCCCUGGUCACGUCCUCGUCUCUCCCAUUCGCAAUGUCCCCCGCGUCUCCGACCUCACCCCUGACGAAAUUGCCGACCUCUUCAUCACAGUGCGCCGCGUAGGCCGAAUGGUCGAACGUGUCUUCAAAUCUUCAAGUCUUAAUAUCGCCAUCCAGGAUGGUGUGGACGCGGGUCAAAGCGUCCCGCAUGUCCACGCCCACAUAAUUCCACGGCGAAGAGCAGAUUUGGAUCAUAAAGGCGGCUCGGAUGCCAUCUACGGGAUGCUAGAUGGAGACGAGGGCGACAUUGCAAAACACAUGUGGCAAAAGAUGGAAGGCAGAAGUCGUACGAAAUUUCCGGCUGUCGAUAAUGACAGUAGAAUGCCGAGGAGCGAUGAGGAAAUGAGAGAAGAAGCGGAGAUGUUGGCCAAGGAGAUGGAGAAAGAGCCAUUAGAUUGA